GUGAUCUGCGGUGGGAGAAGUCUGUUUUUUCUGAGCAGUUAACUUCUAGAGGAUCCACUGAAAGUUUCAAUUCUCAUUCACACAAUGUAUAGUCGGAAAUGUUCUAAAGUGGAAUGAGGCCAACGGACUCGCACAACAACGCGAUGGAGCGUGCAUACGGAAGUGUAGUUGUAUAAAGUGAGUGGAAUACGGCGUUAUGUGAAGCCAAAAGCAACUGGUCUUCAACAGCAGAUUCAGUACCAAUCGUCAACGAACAAUAUUUUUUUAGCCAGAUGAUAUCCAUCAUAUUUGAUUGUUAACGAGGAGUCGUCGAGCGCAUGCUGUAAAAUUUCUCUGUAAUUUAGGCCGAUAUGAAAAGUCAACAUGGGUACGCACAGCCAGUCGACGUUCACGUCUAUUUUUCUUCUGCUUGUACACUAUACAGCCAUCGGGCUUUCACAAGAACCCUUCUCGUAUGGAUCCACUGUUUGUAGCCGAAUAGUCCUUCGCGGCGUGACCGUCUUAGAUGCCAAGGGCCAUCGACUCUCAGAACCUGGCUUGCCUCUAGCAAUAAAAUCAUUCCAAGGUAAAUUUGCCCACCCCAGAUCCUCAGUUAUAUUCGACUGUGACUACCACGUCCUGCCUGAUAUCGCGAACGAUAGUUCGAUCGUUAAGAACGUGAAUUCCACAGAAACUAAAGGAACAUCAUCAUCUCACAAAAACUUAACAUCCAUGGCAAAUAAUGAUACUAAUUCGACAAGGAUGAAACACGAGGGAUUACGGCGGUUCGAACUACAGCCGCCGGUCGUGGUGAAGUGGUUUCGAAAUGGUGAGGGCGUACCUUUUUACCAAUGGAUACCUGAAAUCGGCUCUCAACUCUUCCAUCAUGCGUACUGGGAUUUCUUGGAUGUAGGUUACAAACAUAACAAUCGACCAAUGGAGAUGUUUCGAGCGAUACGGGUAACCCGACCAGUUCGGGAACUUUCGGGAAACUUUACUUGUAAUGUAGUCGAAAAUAAAAAAGAAGACAGUCCCGCUGGCGAGUACCUGGAGCAGAUUGCCUCUCACGAGAUUCUAGUUUACGAUCCACCAUCAGACUUCGAAAUACGACUGAAUAUGUCCUCCCGAGAGCUUCAGUGCGCGGCUCUAGUGACAGGUGAAGAUUCGACCUCUGUAACGAUGGCCAUUUUUCGACAAGACCAUGAUCGGUGGGACAGCGAACUCGGAGAACGACUACGACUCAACUCAACAAUGCACACUUCGGGCGAAUCACCGGGACAUGACAACUACAACUUCAAUAAGCCGGAUACAACUAGGCCCUUUUUCGAGCGUGCGCCAUUUCUUAUAGAAAAAAGCGUAUCACUUCGGGCCGGAGACUUGAAAGUUCUCGAAAUGGGUAUUAGUCGAACUUUCAUUUGUGAAAUCGUGUUUAGUCGUCUCCGUGGAGCUAUUGAAGACAGAUCCGAUUUGCAGAAGCACGACGGUUCCCCAGCGAACCCCACUUUUCAGCGAAGUAUACGGAUUUAUCAUGAGUCACCCCUGUCUGACGAUGGAAACGAUUAUGUUGAUCUGAGCGAGCUGCUGGAAUCUGCGCUUUGGUCGGGUCUUGAUUCAUCGGCUCCAAAUUUCCGGUUGACACUCAGCUCUGCGUUAUUCCUGUCCAUACACAAUCUGCUGGUGUGAAGAAAGGAAUAAUAAAG